AUGAGUCAGUUGAAAUUUGUAAGAUCGAAGAGUACCAUUAAAUCAAAUCCUUUAGGAAGACUACAAUAAAAAUUAAAAUAAGUUUAAAAACCAGGGAAACUUCAUGUUAGUGUUGGAAGAAGUAGAUAAUCUUCAUAAAACAACGAAGAAUUCCCUAUCUCUACUCCAAAACAUAAGUUAGAUUUAAAACCAUUUAAAUUACAUCAGAUUAAUGAAAAUACUGUUCCAUUAUCAAAAUCUGAUGGAUGGCAUUCAUUGCUUCCAUUAUCUCAUCAUACAAAAUUAAUCAACGAUUCAAACAAACUUUAAAACUCUUCUUAAUCAAGUUUAAAUUAUGAAAAUAUAUACAAUAAAUAACACUAUUAUACUCAAACAAACUAUUGUUCACCUAAAUUAAGUGAAUGUACAAAAUACCAUAAAUUUGAUACAUUUUAAUUCAAGUCAAAUAAACUAAAUUUAUCUGAUUAAUAAUCAUCUUCAGAUUAUUUUUCAAAUACUACAUCGAAAUUUAAUUCCAAUCAAUUCCUACUCAAAUCAAGUCAAAUAAUUAAUUAAUAAUGGAAUUCAGACUAUGAAUAAUCUAAAUUAGAUAGCAUAACCAAUUUUAAUAUACAUAAUAAAUGUUUUAAUGAAAAUUAUAUAUCCAGUCAUGAAUAAAUUAAAAUUUCAUCACAAAAUGAAAAUCGAGAAUCAAAUAUAUAAGACAUAUACUCUACUAUUUCAAAAAAGAAUUAAGUUACUACAAAACCUAUAAUAGAACAAAAUGAAGAUGAUGAACUUUUAGCAUAGAAAUGUAGUACCGCAGCUUCAUAAAGAUUAGUGCCAAAGUUUUAUAGUGAAAUUUUAACUGAAAAAUCACUUAUUCUUAAUGUACCUAAAAUGUUUAAGGAAACUGAAAUUUAAACAAGUUUUACAUAGAAUCAAUAAACUGAUUUGGUUGAAUCUUAAAAAUCAAAAGUAACUUGUAAAUCUUCUACUAAUGUAUCAGUAUAAACAAAAUCAAAAACUAAGAAAUUAGGUUUAUAUCAAUAUCACCUUUCAUAUUUAUCACCUAAGGUUAAUAAAAAUUUCAUAGAAGCUGAUUUAUUGUCAUACGAUGACUUUAAAUCUUAAAUUAUUUGCAGCAAUUAAAAUAAUAUUCAAAAUAAAAAUGAACCUUAUAAAUUAAGAGAAGAGAUUGAUUUUAAUAAUAGGUAAUAUAUUCUCCUAAUCAAAGGUCAUAAAUUUUGGGCUAAUAAAAUAAUAUAUACUUGACAAAAGAAUUAAUUUUAGAUCCUUAAGAUGAUACACAACCUUUUUAUCUUUAAGCUGAACCAAAAGAAAUUAAUCCAAAUCUAUUGGAUAAAAAUUACAAUAAUAAAUUAAAUAUUUCCAAAGAAUUUACUUAAAACAGUUGUACCAGCAUUUCUAAAAGCAAAAUAGAUAAAUGUGCAUCAUUUUAAAGUAUAAAGAGUUACAAAGACCAUUUAAAUAUCUUACUAAAUUAAACUUCUUAAACUAAUUGUAAAAAUGAUUAAAAUUAACCUUAUAUAGUUUAAUAAAAUAAAACUAAUACAACUAAUAAGUAAAAAUAUCCACUUAGACACUAAUAAAGCAAUAAAAAUAUCACUUAAUAAUAAAAAUCAAAAUAAUUUAAAAAAAAAUGA